GUUCGAGGCGUCGUUCAAGGGUGUGUCGGAGCGCAAUAAAUAAGAUUUUCGCAUGUGUAGGUCAUCAGCAGCCAAAAAUACCAAUUUAAAUACUUAAAGUUGAACUUUGGUCAAAUGUCAAAGCUUCUUUUAUUAACGCACCCACGCCAGAUCAUUCUUCCUUGCGAUGAAGCUGCAACUCGUUCUGUCAUUUGUUAUUUGUCUCGAAGCAGAUUACCAUUCCAUGUUGAUUAUAUUUUAAACGCUGAUUCGUGUUCUCCUGAUCACUUGCUCCCUGUUACUAUACUUAAUGGUUCUAUAGUGACUGGUUACACUUCUUUAUGUCUGCGGUUGAGUAUUUUGAAGGCCAAUAAGGAUAUUAACGUUAAUGGUUCUAAACUUACUUCACGUAGUUUGCGACAUUCUUACUUAUUUUGGAUUUCUGAUACAUUACGGAAUGUAAUGCUUUAUUUCACCUGGUUUCAUGAACCUACCUAUUCAAAUUUUACUUACGAACGUCUUAAAUCUUCUACACCGCGUUUGCUAACUAGAUUUAUUUCUAACCGAAAACGACAACAACAUCUUCAUUUUCUGGAAUCUAUUGGUUGGGAUAAAAUGAAUACAAGUGAUAUCAUGAAAGAUAUGGAAGCACUUUGUGUUAGCAUUGUUGAACUUCUUGGUAAUGGCCCAUUUUUAUUUGAACGUAGUACACCUGGGAAGGUUGAUGCCCUUCUGUAUGGACAUUGGACUGUAUUUUGCGAGUUUUCAGAGUAUUUCGUUUCAUUAAAACCUGUUUUGGAUAAAUAUCCAGCUAUCAGCGAUCUUGUCAAGCGUGUUGCUAAAAUAUGUGAUCAACCGCUUAGUUGUAAUUAAAAAUAUUACAAUCUAAUUUUUGACUCAUUAGUGUACAUAAUACCGAUUUAAAGAAACUGUUUAUGUAUCUAGUAUUUUAAAUACAAACAUUCAGAAGAUUCUGUUUUUUAGUUUAUUUUCAGUGCUGUAUGUCCAUUAAAAAAAUAUAAAGCUGUAUGUUAUUUCUGUUAGUGAAUUUAUUAUUGUUAAGUCUUCAGUUUACUUCUUUAUUUGGUAAGUACUGGCAUGCCUAUUAGCCAUGCUGUUGAAAUUGAGAUGUCUUUUGUGAUUAAAUGAUUUGGAAGUUCUGUUUUCCACUAAUUCGAUGUAUAUUGUAAUCAGAGUUUGUUUAUUAAGUAUCAUUACCG